AGUCCUUAGGGCCCCUAAAGGAAAGCCAGUGGGAGACCGAGAGGGCAAAGGACACCCGACAGCACCGCRAAGCAGAAGCAACAUGUCCCUGCCCACGGGUCAAUCUGGAGCAGAUGGACUUCUCGCAGGAGUCGGGGCGCCGUGCUCAGAGACUGGGCUGCAGGAUACGGUGCAGGCCAAGGCAGUCCACGGGAAAAAGAGGGCCGCUCCCAGGAAGAGAGGCAGAUCUCCUGAGCCCCUGAUAAUCAAUAAGGAUCUAAAAAUUUUAAUAAACAGAAUUGAACCCGUGGAAGAUCACAACUCCAGCAGGGAAGCGGGAAAGAGGAAACUCAAAGUGGAAGACUCGGCGCCUGCGGAUAAGGGAAUUUUGCUGCGAACCAGACACCAAAACACAACUGAAGGAGAAGAGCCAAGACCAGAGAUCACUGUAUCAGCAGAAAAGAUGAGAAUAAAGAGAGAGGGGAAGAAACCCACGGAACCCUCCCAGGAGGUGGGGCUGCAGGGCCCAGGUGAUGGAGACGAGAAAGCUGAGUCCAGGGCCAAAGUCAGGGGAAAGAGAGCUGGAAUUGGGAAUCAGAUUUCCCAGCCUCACACAGCAGAGGAGGAAGUGACGCAGAGAAGUGUGGGAGUCCCCAUGAAGAACCAGGAAGAGAAAGGAGCAGCUGCAAAUUCAGACUUCAGGUGUCUGAGGUCCAGAAAACCAGGCAUGCAGCCUAGUCUGGAGAGUGAAUCUGAGCAGAGAGUCACUCGAGGUGCCAAGAGAUGUGCAGAAAACCUAAAGGUUAAGGACACAGUGGACACCAAGAAACUAAGGAGCAGAAGUCACCGGCACAGGGAAGAUAUUUAGCAAGUAAAUUUAAGAGGGAAAAUAUAUAAUAAAGUUAGUUUAGUGUUGAAUUUUUAGUAUAAUUUUUGAUACCAGUAUAAAAAUGAAUUGUGUAAAUAAUAAUAUGGGUGUGUUUAA